AUGCCCGGCGACCACAUCCGACUGCUCGCCCUCGACGGCGGCGGGGUGCGCGGCCUGUCCUCGCUAAUGGCCACCGUCGACCCGGCAUCCCCGCCCAAGCCCUGCGACUGUUUUGAUAUGAUUGGCGGGACCAGCACUGGCGACAGGCAUGAUUGCGAUUAUGCUCGGCCGCCCGCAUGA